UACCGGGUGGAGGAGACAGAAGGGGAAAGAGAGGGAGGCGCUCAAUCUCUGCGGUGCAGAGCUGGAAAAAGCUGCUUCUCAGCGAAAAUCAGACGCCCUCUUUAAUCUGGCCACUCGCUCCCUCUAUUUUUCUGGAGAAAAAGAGGACUUACCAACAAGUUGGAACGAGGACUGGUGCCCGUCGCUACAAGCUAACUUGGUGUUUCAUGCCACAGCAAGUCGGUGCGCAGCGCUGGAUGACCCAAAAGAACUAUUGCGUGAAACAAGAAAGGAGGGAACAGAGGCCGACCCACAAGUCCGUUUUGUCGACGCUCGCAAGCUCCUUUGCGUACCCGCAAAAGAGUCGCGACGGCAGCAUGAGUGCAGAGCUGAGCAUGGGCCCGGAGAUACCCAGCAGCCCUCUGGCUCUGGAAUAUGUCAACGACUUUGACCUGAUGAAGUUUGACGUCAAGAAGGAGGGUUUGGCAGGACUGGAGCGCGGAGGAGUGCGUCAGUGCAACCGCCUCCAACCACAGGGCUCCGUGUCCUCCACGCCGAUCAGCACACCCUGCAGCUCCGUGCCCUCGUCGCCCAGCUUCAGCCCCACUGAGCAAAAGAACCACCUGGAGGAGUUAUACUGGCUGCCCAGCGGCGGCUACCACCAGCAGAUGGACCCGCAGACCCUCAGCCUGACUCCCGAGGACGCAGUGGAGGCCCUCAUUGGAGCAACGACCCACGGCCACCCUCCGCCUCCGCACGUCCAGCAGCUGCAGCAGCAAGGCGCCUUCGAGGGCUACAGGGGUCAGCAUCACCACCACGGCCACCACAGCCACGGCCAGCAGCACCACCAUCCCUACGCCGGGGCCAUGGCACACCAUGCCGAGGAACUGUCAGCUCACGCGGGAGCACACAGCCACCCACACGGCCAGCACCACCACCACAGCAACAGCCAGGACCCCGACAGUCCAUCCCCGGUGUCCCCGGAGGCCCACCAAACGCUCCACCACCACCGCCACCAUCACCACCACCACCAUCACCCUCACGGUCACCUGGGCCAGUCGGCGUCGCACCACGGCUCGGCGGGGGGGCUCAGCGUGGAGGACCGCUUCUCGGACGAGCAGCUGGUCUCCAUGUCGGUGCGGGAGCUCAACAGACACCUGCGCGGCUUCACCAAGGACGAGGUGAUCCGUCUCAAGCAGAAGCGCAGGACCUUGAAGAACCGUGGCUACGCGCAGUCAUGCAGGUUUAAGCGGGUGCAGCAGAAGCACGUCCUGGAGAACGAGAAGACGCAGCUGAUGAACCAGGUGGAGCAGCUCAAGGCGGAGAUCGGCCGCCUGGCCAGGGAGAGGGACGCCUACAAACUCAAGUGCGAGAAACUGGCGGGCUCGGGGCCCACCGGGGGCUUCCGUGAGGCGGGCUCGACCAGCGACAACCCCUCGUCGCCAGAGUUUUUCAUGUGAGUUGUUUUCUUGUGACAACAAACUAGAGACACCAUCCACCUUGAACACGUUGACCGGUGAGAUAGUGACACCCCCCCCCCCGUGCUGUUGAUGAUAGGUAACAAUUAUAACCACGUUAGAAGACCAGAUAGUAUCCACAUAUAAUCAUUUCCAUCCAGGCGGCAAGAGACUUGUUCUUUCCCCUCAAAGAGAAGCAUCGACUGAUGACCGUCGAACUUUGACCGUCCUUUGAGCAACUUUUAGGUGCGGGGGUGGGGGCCAUAAUAUUGUUAUGACCUGAGAAGGUUGUCUGGAGCAGCGAGGAGGCCUGACCUCUCCUGUCCGAGACUCCACUUUAUGCAAACUAACCCUUGACAGGGGAGACAUCUCGUUGAUUUAUUGCCUGCUUGGUUAUAUUCGAAUAUUUAGAGAAAGGAAAAAAAUCUGCAUUAAAUAUUAAUCCUGCAUGCUGGACAUGUAUGGUAAUAAUUUCUAUUUUGUACGUUCAUCAUCUCAUGUAUAAUAAGAGCAUGUUGUUGAUCUGCGCUUCGCCAUAUUUUUGGGUGGGGGGGAGAAAAGUAG